GCCGGCCGUGGCAGUCUCAGGUGGAGCUGCUGCUCAGACUUUCCAGCAGUCACAGUGGGACUGACACAGACGGUCAUGAAGAUAACCUGACGUCUGUUUAGUGCCAAACGCCUUGUUUUUGUGGGGAGGAUUUUGACUGGAGGUCUCUAUGUGAAGCACUGGGAGUCAUGGCAGACUUGUGGUUGAUUUCUGUCCCUCUGGACAGCACCAGCUUAACCAGUGUAGCAAAACUCAAGCGCAUCAUUGCCAAAACCAACCUGGCCUCCUGCUGCAAGUUCUCCAUUCCAGAUCUCAAGGUGGGAAUACUGGACAGUCUGCUCAGCGUGUCAGAUGAUCUCUCCAAGCUCGACACACUAACUGAAAGUGUGAUUAAAAAAACACUUCAGUGUAUGAAGGAGGUGAUGGAGCCGUCCAGUGACAAAGUGCCGGAAAACGCCUUAGCCAAUGGAGUGGACCUGAUGAGCUACAUAACCAAGUUUCAGUGGGACAAAGCCAAGUAUCCCACAACUCUGCCUCUCUCCAGCCUGGCAGACAUCAUCAGCAAGGAAGUUUCCCAGAUGGAUAUGGAGUUAACGUCCCGAGCUGCGGCGUACAACAGUGUGAAAAUGAGCUUGCAAAGCCUCGAGCACAAAGUAGAUGGGACUCGCAGUCUGCAAACUUGCAAUCUGAAUGACGUAGUGAGGAAGGAAGACCUGGUGGUCUCAGAGUACCUCACCACUCUGCUGGUCGUAGUGAACAGAGGGAGCUACUUGGAGUGGGAAAGGACCUAUGAAUCUUUGUCAGAGUUCGUUGUUCCACGGUCCAGCAGGAAGCUGUUCGAGGAUGGAGAGGGAGGCGUAUUCUCAGUUACACUUUUCAAAAGGGCUGUGUGUGAAUUCAAAGCCAAAGCCAAGGAGAGCAAGUUCACCGUGCGCGAGUACAGCUUUGAUCUGGAGUCGAAGAAGCAGCAGGAGGUGAAGCAGCAGAAUGUUCGCAAGAAGGAACAAUAUGGAAUCUUUGUGCGUUGGCUGAAGGUGAAUUUCAGUGGGGUGUUUGUUGCCUGGAUUCAUCUGAAAGCAUUGAGGGUGUUUGUGGAAUCAGUCCUCAGGUAUGGAUUACCGGUGAACUAUCAGGCUCUCGUGUUGCACACGGACAAGAAGCGUUCAAAGAAACUGAGAGGAGAACUCGCCUCACUGUUCAAACAUCUGGACCCCACUGCCACCACCAGCAAGACAGAUGUCAGCUGUGAGAUCCCAGGACUCUGUCAGCAGGAGUACUUCUCCUACAUCUGCUUCCACGUCAACACCAGCGUGCUGGAGGCCAGCUAGCAGUCGACAAAGAGAGGACCCACACAGUGACCAAGCAAUGAGGGCCCUGUGGAUCAGUCAGAGCCAGGAACAUAAAGACCCUCAACUCUAAAAUAAAACACAUCUAGUGAAGACUACAUUUAUGAAUAUUUUAGUUUUCAGCAUUUCUCAUGAGCCAGAAAUAUCUGUCAAGCUUCCCUUGGACAGCAGUGUAAACUAUGUUGUCAGGUGGACAGUGGAUGGAUCAGGUCCUCUUCACCGCAAUGCAAGCUGCACAUGGACUACACUUUGGGAUGUGCUGCACAUGAAACCAUGGAACUAUUUACAUAUGUUUAUUCAAUAUGUAAAAAAUAUUUUCUCUUGCAAGAACGCGCACUGUCAUUGUUAAUGUCAGUGUACAGCUUUAAGCAUUUUAAGUAAGCACGUCUUCCUAGAAACCUGUAAGCUAGUGUCUUUCUUCAGGCACAGUCGCACAUAACUCUACACAACUGACCAUUGAAUUUGCUGUCCAUUCCAGUGGACAUAACUUUUCUAGGAUGUCUAAAUCUAUGAUCAUCUGCCAUCUGACUUCAACCAAAUGCACAGACUUAAUUGACUGGAUGUCUAUCAGCUUAUCACAGUGUUCCACAUCAUCUAAAGUGGACUGGGGUAAAGCCACGCCCCCUUUUUUAACAAGCAUGGCUGACUGUGAGGCAAGGAGGAGGUGCAAGGCAUGUUUCAGUCCAUUAAUCAUAUUGUUUAAGUACAUUAUUUGUGUUCAAACUGUCUUUAAAGUAAACACAAGAUGUUAUAUUACAUAUAUAUGUCAAAAUUGAAAAUUGAAAAGGAGAAAUAGUGUUCUGAUAUGAUUUUCUAAUGACACAAUCAUCUUAUAAUGCACUGUGUUGAUUAUGUACACAGAACAUCAUUCUCAGGAGGUUUUCAACACACUGUUUUCUGGAGAUACUUCAGAAUCUGAGGAUAUACUGAGUACUGAUGACAGACACAAUACAAUACGUAUAUGUAAUGUGUUUUAAAGCAUCACUUUAGUUAUUAAUAUGAGUAUACCAUUCAUGAAAGUAAAUAAAUUCUUAAAAAAAGUGA